AUGUCAGGAUGGGUUGAGGAAUUCCAAGGCAUCAUCCCUUGCGCUGGAGUUUCAUUUUCUGAGGAAAACUGGCUUGAGCUGAAAUCAAGCCAAGGAAUAGAGCUUCAUACGUAUAGACACAAUACUGAAAACCCCUGUGCUUUAGUAUUCAUUUUUCAUUGCUGAUUAUCAGCUUCAAGCAGCUAUUCUCAUUUUGCUCAUCGAUUCGCUCAAUCAAAUUUUGCAGCUUUUGCAUUUGAUCAAGAAGGACAUGGAAGGAGUGGAGGUGCAAGAGGAGAGGUAAGAGAUAUAAACGAAAACAUUAGGCUAGGUGUUGAGUUUAUACAGAAAACAAGAGAGCAUUACUCUGAGUGUCUCCCUGUAUUUCUUAUUGGAGAAAGCAUGGGCGGAUUAACAUGCAUAGGAAUUUCCCUAACUUUCCUUAUUUAUUUCUCAAAAUUUAUAUUUUUGAUUAUUUUUCAAUUAAUUUGAUUUACAUUGGAAUAAAAAUAUAUCUUUAAAAAAGCAUAUAUGAAAAUAUAAAAAAAGAUAAGCAUAAAGCAGAAUUUGCUCGAUGCUAGCACCAUUCCUACAACAUUGAAAAAUUUUUUUUAAUAUUUUACCAGACAAGAGAAUAAAAAAAUUCAUUUUAAUUUCAAAUGAAAUAAGAAUUCCUAAAGCAAUCCGAGGCAUGAUUUUGCUUGGCCCUGCAUUGGGCUCAACUCCAAAAUUUUACUCUCAGAAAUGAACUGAUGAGCCAUUCGACCCUAAGGAUGUAGUAAUGUCUUCAAGUAACCCAAAGAUUGAUGAAUGAUGGCUUAAAAAUCCUGAUACCUAUGAAGGAAAGACAAGUGAUAUUACAAGAGAUGCAUUCUCAAGAGGGAUUAAUGAUACUCAUCAGCAGGCUCCACAGGUAAUAACGCCUUUUCUUUUAAUUCACGGAGCCCAUGAUGAGGUAGUCCCUGCUGAAGUAUCAAGAGAAUUUUUCCAAAAUUCUGGAGCUGAAGAUAAAGAAUUUGUAUAUGAUGAAAAUUUAUAUCAUAUAAUUUCUUUAGAAGCUGGAAUUCCAUUAGUUCUUAAUAGAAUUGUAGAAUGGAUACAAGCAAGGAUUUAA